GAUAAAUUUAUUUAAUAAGUAAUGCUUAUAUACUCAACGUUCUUCGAAAAGUACAGAUCGAUUAGUGGAUCAUAUACGCAAUUGAGAUAGUUCAGUGUUUUUAUGAACGUUAGUUGAAGUAUUUUCACUCAGAAGGGUGCGUGUCAAAGUAGUAGACACACAACUGCUAAUCUCGUGGUUACAUUUUAUUUUCACGAAUAUCUUAGGAAAUGUACUUUUGCGGCACAUUGCUAUGUAGCACGUAAAUGAAGCGACGGCGUAUAGCGCGGUCGCAUAUCAAAAGAAUACUACCUAUAGGAACGAUGAGAAUGGCGCGCAAAUGUUGCGUGCGUAGCUGUGAGGCUGAUGUGCAAGAUGCGCGUGCUAAAGGGUUACCGCUUCAUAAGUUUCCGAAAGAUAUUACUUUAAGAAACAAAUGGUUGACUAGUGGUGGAUUUGACGCGAAUUUUAAACCUUCACCAGGUCAAGUUGUUUGUCACAGACAUUUUAAACGAGCUGAUUACGAAGCUGCUAAAGGACAUAAAUUACUUCUACGUAAAGGUAGUGUUCCGUCGGUUUUUGCAGAUUAUGACAAUCAUCCGGAUCCUGUAAUAAUGUCUGUAAAAUCAUCAACUUCUUAUGCACAAGAAGAUUUAGAUCUUAUUAAUUCUGAAAUUCUGAAUUUAGAACAAUCUAUAUCUCCAUUGAAUUCUGGUGCCAGAACACCAAAAUCUGAUAGCUGUGGAGAAACAUGUUCUUCUCGACCAGAAUCAUCAGCUGAUUCCUUUAAUUUAUUAGAUUCAACAGAAUUAAUUGAUAAUGGAUGUAAAACUUUAAGUAUGAAAGAAGAGAAUAUAUCUCCUAUGAAACAUCAAGAGAUAAAUAAAAAUUCAGAAAUAGAAGUUAACACUAUGGCAGUGCAAUUAGGUAUUGUUGAAUCUGAUAUAACAAUGAAACAUAUACAAAAGGAUUUAGUUAUUAAAGAAGAACUAAAAAAUAUUAAAAUAGAAGAUGAGAAAACAUCAGAAGAAUUAAAGCCAAAAAUUUUUAAUCGAGGUGGAUUAAAAUUUUUUCCUGGAGCCAAAUUAGAAGCAAAAGAUUUUAAUGAAAAAUGGUAUUCAGCAAAAGUAGUUGAAACUGAUUGGGAUGAACGGGAAGUCUUGAUACGUUUUGAUAAAUGGAGUUCAAGAUUUGAUGAAUGGAUACCUAUGGAUAGUUCUAGAUUACGUGUAUUACAAACACAAUCAAACGAACAAACCUGGAAUCUACCAUCUCUGGAAGCAAAAAUGAAAGAUUUUUCAGUAGGAGAAAGAAUUCUUGCUACAUGGGCUGAUGGUAGAAAAUAUCCAGCCAAAGUGAAUGCCGUCUUGGGAAAUGAUAGGUAUGAUGUACUAUUUGAUGAUGGAUAUACAAAGACGAUUAAAUCGUCAAAAAUGACAAAAAUCGCUGCAACACCUACAAAGCAAUCUAGUCAAACUGAAGAAUACAUAGGAAGCAAGCAAGAAAGAAGAGAUAAAAAAAGGAAACAUACAGUGAUGGAGUUAUUUCAUACGCAUUAUAGAAAACGUUCAAAAAAUGAAACGGAUAAAUUAACAAAAAAGGAAGGAAUUACAGUUAAUGAAAAUGCAGAAAUCUUUUCAGAAAAUAAAAUUGACUUGGAUGGUACGUUAUUUGGGCCUUGUUAUGACCCAGGCACAGAUUUAUUACGAGGAUUUGAUACUAAUGUAUCAAAACUAAAAGCUUAUUCUAAAAAAAAUAAAAAAGAAGUAUCUAAAAAUGACAUAGAUCUGAUAGAAGAUGUAGGACCUGAAUGGGUAGAUGGAGAACCACAAGGAACUGAAUCUUAUAUAGUAGAUGGAAAUGAUGGACCACGUCGAUCAAUAAUAGUGGCAGAUAAAAGAUUACCACCUGGAUGGCAAAAACAUUUUACUCAAAGAAAAGCUGGUACAUCUGCAGGAAAAUGGGAUGUUUUAUUUCUUCAUAAAUCUAGUGGAAAAAAGUUUAGAUCAAAAAAUGAUAUUAGAGCAUUCAUGGAAAAUCAAGGACAAUUUGAUUUUGAUCCUGAAAAAUUUGAUUUUUGUAUUCAUCGGAAAAAGAAGAACCAAAGUCAAAAAAUAAAACAAGAUAUUAUUGUAGAUGCUCCCAAAAAAAUAAAAACAUUAUUACCUAAAACAAAAGCAACUCCAAUAACUGACAAUUCUUUGCUUGUUCCUACAAACACACCAGUUACAACUUUAGUAUCUACAUCAACUACUUCUAUUACAGAUGGUGCUGUUUUUAUUGGUGGACUUCGAGUAGAAAUGGAAGACAGUGCUUAUAAAUGUCCAAAAGAGGGAUGUAGUAAAACAUUUCGAAAAGAAAAUCUUUUACAAAUGCAUAUAAAACAUUAUCAUCCAGAAUAUUCAAAAUUUUUGGGAUGUACUCCAAAUGUUGCAGAUUUAGCAUAUGCAAGAACAAUUGGAGAAUCUGUUGAAGAUAUUAUUCCAAAAAAAUCAAAUAAUUUGAUAGAAAAAUGUAAUAAAUUUGGAAAAAGAAAGUUUAUUCAAGAUAGAUCAUUAUAUGUUUCAUCACCAUCUGUAACAAAUACCAUUCAACCUGCAUCACCAACAGUAACUAUACCAAUAGGAGCAGAAAUAGAGGAUGAAAUAGAUCAGAUAGAAAAAUGUAAUGAUAUGCAAACAGAAGAUAUUAAAAUAGAAAGAAUGUCUCCAAAUUCUAGUCACAGUUUAGAUAUGCAUGAUGAAAUCGAGAAAAAACGGGAAGAUACGUGCGCAAUGUCACCUGGAACAUUAUUUGAUUUGAAAACUAGAGAAGAAAAAACGCAAAGUGGAAUUAAAACUCUACUUCCAAUAAGACCAGCUGUAUCUUCCGAAGCACAGAGAAUAGAUAGAUCAAAAUCUUUAGAUGAGACUAUUCAUAUUGACAAAUUAAAAGGUCAAAGGAAACGACAAUUAUCAGAAUAUAGUUCUGAUAUAUCAAAUAAGGGUAAAAAGCGACAUGGUAUUCAAGAAUUUACAGAUGAAUACGGUGAUUUAGACGAUAGUGCGAUGGAUUUGGAAGGAGGGAUACCUACUACACUCAUGUAUAGAUAUAGUCGUAGAAAAUCAGAUUCAAGAAGUGAUGAAAAUAGUCAAAGUAGUCAACUAAACGAUUCUCGUAUUGAAAAAGAUGAUUCCUUGAAAGGGAAUAUUGGUAAAAAAGAUACUAAUGAUGGCGAAGAUAAUGAUGGUGUUAUGAUGAUGAUUAAUGGUGAAAUGGUAAAAGUGGAACAACUUCGUAGAGAAGAAAUAAUAAAUUGUACUUGUGGAUUUAUGGAAGAAGAUGGUUUAAUGAUACAGUGUGAUCUUUGUUUAUGUUGGCAACAUGGUCAUUGUAAUGCAAUAGAAAAAGAGAAAGAUGUACCUGAAAAAUAUGUUUGUUUUAUUUGUCGCAAUCCAUAUCGGCAACGGUUAUCCAAAAGAUAUUUUCAUGAUCAAGAUUGGAUAAAAGAGGGAAAACUACCAACGUUAUCUAAUCGAACAAAAAAUCAGCAUCGAGUUAAUGAAAGAACAGCUAUGUUAAAGCGUUCUUACGAUUUAGUUGCAGCACUUUUGCAAAUACAACAAGUUUUGCACAGUUUAAGGGUAAAAAUUAAUGUAGCUCAAAAAAAAGAUCAUCCAAAAUUAUAUCUUUGGGCUAAAAAUUGGGAAAAAAUUGAAAUAUUAAAAGCAAAUAUGACACCAGUACCAAUUAUGGAAAUUAUAAAAUCAGGAAAAGAUUGUACAGACACUACAAGUGAAAGUUCUCAUCGAAUCGAAAUAAAAACCGAAACGAAAUUCAGUUUAAAAGAUGAUCAUGAUGAAAAAUCAAUAGCUUCAGAUUCAGAAUUAAUGAAGAUAUUAGAAGAAGAUAAUAUAACUUCAGAUGAGUCUAAAAAUACUGGUAAAAAAGAAGAUUUCGUACAUCAAAAUAAGAGUCAUAUUCUUCUUGAUGCACUUACAAAAAAUGAUACUAUUGAAACCAAAUAUAAAAAUUCAAUAUCUUCAGAAAUUAAGACAAAUACAGAUUUAUUAACCAAUCAAUCAAAUUUAUCUGAAAAUAAUGUAUUUAUCAAUACAUUAGCAAAUGACAUGCAUGAGGAAGAAAAUGAACAUGAAAUGUCAACACCGUUGCAACCUUUUAUACCACAACCAGAAGCGCCAAUUGAUCCAGGAGAAUGUCGAAUGCGAUUAUUAGAACAUAUAGAACAUUUUCAAAAACAUAUAGAUGCAAAAUUAACGUACAUUGAGGCAGAAAUUUGUGCUUUAGAAACCAUGGAUCCUGAAGAUUCAUCUACCUCAGAUGUUCAACCUCGAACUAAACAAACAGUUCAAAUGCUUGUUCGAGAUUUAAAUACAGUACGAAAAUUAGCUGCUUUGUGUUGAAUAUUUUUAGAAAAUAUUUUUAAACAAAAUUUAUGGAAACAUAAUUUGCAUUUUGUGAAAUUUUUUAAGUUUUUUUUUUGAUGUUUAAACUUUUAUUUUUUGUGAUAUUAAUUAUUAUGAAAAUAAUUCUAAAUUGAUUUAAUUGAAUUUUAAUUAAAAUCUCUAAUUAAUAUAAAUAAUACAAAAUCAUAUUGCUGUAUUUUAUAUUGUACAUAUAGUAAAUAUAUGUUAAUUCUUAUUUAUAAUGUUAUAAUGUUAUAAUAGAUAUAAAUGAUAAAUUGUAAUUAUAUUGUAAAAUAAUGUUUAUUUUAUUUGUGUAUAGUUAUAUAAAUUAUAAAAUUAUAUGUAAGUAUUGUUAUUAUUAUAUCAAAAUUUUAUAUUUUCUGAAAUAAUAUGAAAUUGUUUUUAAAAAAAAUGUUACAAAAAGAAAUAUAUUGUAAUAAACAUAUUCUUUUUAUAA